GAUAGUAUCCCAGCUCUACCUUUCUCGCCAAAAGUCGACGUCCCAACGUAGUUAGCACGUUAAUUUUUACGCGAAUUUGAAGAAAAUUAUUGGAAAAUUAAUUCGAAGCUUUUAAAAAAUACACAUACAAUAUGGCGCAAUUCGAUUUAACAAGGAUUAAUUGUCAGUUUUUAGACCGGCAUCUUACUUUCCCGCUGUUGGAAUUCUUGUGCGGAAAAGAGAUUUACAAUCAGCAAGCAUUGUUGGAGUACAUCCUCGAGACAGUGAACAAAACCAACAUGAUUGAUUAUACUAUGGAUACACGCAAACGAUUGAAUCUAAGUCAAGAAAUGCCAGAGGAAUUGGUCCAACGCAAAGCUGAGGUCCUGGCUACACUAAAGCAGUUGCAAAAUGAAGUAGCACCCAUUAUGAAAGCAACAGACAUUCUCAAAAAUGGCGAGAGCAUGAAAGAUUCCAAAACUUUCGUCAAUGCUCUGCAAAAGGAUUAUAACUUUAAGGUGGAACAUUUGGAGAGUGCAUACAAGCUUGCAAAGUAUUUGUACGAGUGCGGUAAUUACCAGGAAUCAACUUCGUAUUUAUAUUUCUGCUUGAUUGUAAUGUCACCAAAUGAUAAGCGUUUGCGCGACUACAUUGAUAAUGCCAACUUUUCAACAAUUCAGGCCCUUCAACAACGCACAUGGUUGAUCCACUGGUCUGUGUUGGUAUUCUUUAACCAUCCCAAGGGACGCGAUUUAAUUAUUGACAUGUUCCUAUAUAAGCCUCUCUACCUAAAUGCUAUACAGACAAUGUGUCCACACAUUAUGCGUUACUUGGCUACCGCCGUCAUCAUUAACCGUACACGCCGCAAUGCGCUCAAGGACCUCAUCAAGGUGAUACAGCAAGAAUCAUAUACUUACCGUGAUCCCAUUACCGAAUUCCUGGAAUGUCUGUACGUGAAUUUCGAUUUCGAAGGCGCUCGUCUGAAGUUGCACGAAUGUCAAACAGUAAUUUUGAAUGACUUUUUCAUUGUCGCUUGUUUGAACGAAUUCGUCGAGGAUGCCCGCCUUAUGAUCUUCGAAACUUUCUGUCGUAUUCACCAAUGCAUCACUAUUAGCAUGCUUGCCGACAAGCUUAACAUGAAGGCCAAUGAGGCGGAAUGCUGGAUUGUAAAUUUAAUUCGUAAUGCGCGUUUAAAUGCCAAAAUCGAUUCAAAACUGGGUCAUGUGGUGAUGGGUACUCAACCACUGAGUCCAUAUCAGCAGCUUGUGGAAAAGAUUGACUCCUUGUCGAUGCGCUCCGAACAUUUGGCUGGUUUAAUUGAACGUAAGAGUAAGCAAAAGAAUCCGGAGUCUGUCGAUUCGUGGAAGUAUUAUUAAGGUAAUGCUGCUAAGUAUUGAUGAAAAUAACAGAUUUUGUAACAAGCUUAAAUUACGAAGACAAGUAAAAUGAUUCGACUUCUUGCUUAUGAGUUCGUUGAGGGAGGAGUAAUUAUAAAUAAUGUCAACAAUUAAUUUUUUUAUUAACCUUGUAAAAACCAAAGCGGCUAGAAUAAAACAACAACUUAUAUUCGGGCUGCCACAUAAAA